UUCUAAUGCAUGUUGCGAUAUGAUAACAAUUCAGAAGCACAUGGCAUUAUUCAAUAAUUUGGAUUUUCAACAUUUGAUUCUGAUGUAUGCAUUUGUGUAUAAAAUUAUCAGAUAAUAAGUCUUUAACGGUUGUAAGGACACUAGAAACAAUGUAUAAUUUCACCGAGACAAAAAACCUGGAAUUUCAAGUUUUGUGUUAUAUAAAAGGAAAGCGGUCCUUUCAUGAAUAUCUAUUUUGUUUAUGAUUUCCAUUAAAAUGAUGACUGAAAUUAAUUUUUGGACGAAUUUUUGUUAAUCAACACAAGGACGGACUAUAUUUUUUUCCAUAUUCGUUCUUUUUUUUAUAGGCUUUACGACAAACCGCUUAAACUUUUGAGGCUACGAUCUAGAUACUUUUUAAUAGUCGACUAAUUUAUGAAGGCGCCUGUAAAACAUUCAAAAGGAUGACUUAAACUUAAGCAUUUGGUUCAAUUUUUUUUCUUUUGGUUUUCUUAACUUAAUAUUUAUCAUAUAUAAAACGUGUAAUUCUCUUGUUCUCAAUUCUUGAUUGGUCAAAUUUCAAUUAUUACGCCAAACUGUCUUGCUUUCCUCUGAUUUCGCUAUCGUGAUGUCAAAAGAACAUGUCCAAAGAUGUAUCAUCUAACGCAUACCUAACGCAUUAAAAUCAUUAUUAGACUAACAUAUUACACCAUAGGACUGCAGAAUACUGGACUGGUGAUGCCGUCGGGGCGAAAAGUCCACCAGCAUUUGAAUCAAUCAAGCGGUUGUAAAGUUAAUGAAAGUUAUCAGGCUUAUUAUUUGAUACGCUAGAAGCGUCUGGCCUGCAUUAAAAUCAUCAAUGGCACUCGAACAGUUUAAAUACAAAAUUAAAUAAGAGUUUGAAGAGCAUUGAAAAAAGUAAACAAUCUAAAAAAGGUUAUGCCAAAAAUAUACCCGAUUAAAAGCAACAGUUUUCCUAAUACGAAAUCGCCUUCUGAUCGUUUGUUAUAAACUAUUUUCUGAUAGUGGCUAUCGUUACACCAUAGAUGUAUAAACCCAUGCAUAGGGAACUGUCUUAUUAUCACAUUUCUCAUUAUAUGAUGUUCAUUUACAAAAUUAAUAAGUCUGUGUUUAUUCUGAAUCAUUUUAUUUAGCAUUUUUUGAUAAGCUUAAAUAGUUGACUGGCGUGAUAUAAUAUUGCUCUCAACUUUAUCCUUGGGAAAUAUUUCAGCAUGUUUUAUGGGAACAAUGUAUCGUCGGAUUGAGUUUUAAAAUUUUCAUUGAAUAAUAUGUUAUUUUGUUUCUUUAAAACCAUAAAUAAUUCAUAAGUAAAAAAAAUGUUUGAUGCAAAAAAUGGUCCACUUUAUUAAGUGUAAGGUUCGUGGAAAGCGGUUAUUUUUCUUUAUAUAUGUUGUUUUCUUGUGUCCUUUGUGUAACAAAGAACUAGGAAGUCUAUUAUGUAAUAUACCAUCUUGAAUGUCAUGUAUUUAAAUGUAAUUUAGCCUCGAAUUUCACGUAUGGUUUGUUUGAAACAUGUAUUACAAUAACACAUUACACAUUUAAAUUGACAACCACAUCACCGAUAGCAUCAAAAUAUUAUUUGAAAAAUGGUGAAAAUAAAUCGAGGUCGUUUGUCUAUUUCAGCAAAUAUUGUUUUGACAGCAUCCUUAAUAACCAGGACAUUUACCUUUGGUUUCAUAAUGAUGUCGAUAUUGAUGAAGGUUAACAACGACAUUUUAAACGAAGACGUCAUCAAAAUUAUCGACAUGGAGAUACUAGCUGGGAUGCCAUUAGGAACAACCGUUAAAUCUGUUGUAUUUUCUUUCAUUGGAGUAUUUGUCUUAGAACUGGUUUCUGGUAUUUUUGGAAUAUGGGGAGCUAUUGGAAGGAAAAAACGAAUACUGGCCGUUAACGUCUUAAUGAGUUCCAUUAUGAUAGUUGUCUACUUGAUAAAUAUAGUGAAUAUUUCUAUUAUAUACAAUAAGAAAACUGACCUCAACGACACAUUAUCUAAUUACACAUCAGCGUACCAGGCAACUAUUCCUUAUAACAAACACUACAUAUCAUACACGUACUGGGAAAAAACCUUCCCGAACUUUUUAAAAAAGCUUGGAUGCCAAAAUAGUUAUCCAGAAAUAUAUCACUGCGGGAGUGUGUAUGUCCAGAAGUUAGACACUUACUUAGAGAUAUACAUCGGUAUAAUUGUGACGUGUAUAGUAUGUCAGAUAGUUACAAUAGUUGCAGCUGAAUACACAUUCCGUAAACUUGAAUUUAAAGAAAAGAAACCAAGUAUUUCAGAGAAUAAGUACUAUCUUUUGUUGAGUUUAAAGCAUGGCAUAUUUCGAAUUCUGAUCAUCUUUAUAAAGGAAAAUUGGAACAGGUCAAAAGUAGUUGUUGCGUCGGUCCUACUUAAAGUAGCCUCUCUUACAGCAGGUGUUGGACUUCUUGGACUAGGAUUAACGCUUCUAGGAGACGAAUUUAUAAAUAAUAGCUCCCUCAAACAUAUAUUUUACAAACUACAGUUUCACAACUACUAUUUCUAUGAUAUACUGGUUGGUCUUGCUGCAGCUUCUGUUGUACUUGGGACAGUAACAUCGACGGUAGCUGUUCUUGGCUUAGUUGGUUCCUAGAAAAAAUCACCAAUCGUACUUGUGACGAGCACUGCUCUCUCUCUGGUUUUGCAUGUACCAAGAAUCAUUGCAGUUGCAUUUUGGAUAUUUUUUAUUGCAAAGAUCAAUAGUGGCAUGAAAUUUCAGUUAUGGUUACAACAAUUAGGUUAUUUUAUUGAAGGCUCCGGAAAUGAAAUUACUACGAAGUGGAAUGAUAUGAUCAUGACACUGCAGUGUUGUGGCGUCAAUCAUAACAAUGAAACAUAUACUACAAAUGGAAUAAAAUUUUGUUGUAAAAAUGCUCAUCCCAGAAUACUGGACUCUGCUGGAUAUAAUACAAAUUUCUACUCAUCGUUUGAUUAUUUGGGUGGAUGUGGUGGAUACAAAACAGAGACAUGCGCAGAUGUCAUCUUGUUCAAGACUAAAAUGUUUGUUGGUUGGUUUCUAGCGAUUGUGUUGCUGCAAAUUGUUUUAGAGAUUAUUGGUUUCGUAUUUGUUAGCAAAGAAUAUCUCGUUAUAAUGUUGACAAAAAGCGCUGGAAACCCAACAGGAGCAACAUUGAAUGCAAAGUCUGUAAUAUUCAGAAAGAUGGUUAAAGAAAUAAAAUCAUUUUGUGUUAGUAACUGGAAAAGGUCAAAAAUUUCACUGGUUCACUUUAUUUCUCUUGGAUGUUUGUUUAUAUUCAACAUUGUGGUGCUGUGUCUAGCCAUCAACAUACGAUUUGACAAAGUUUUUGGAAACUCCGAUGUACAAGAACUAUUCUCCAGGAUAAACGUUACCGAUCAAAUAUUUACAAGGUCGAUCAACAUAUUUUCCAUUGUGACUGUCACCUUUUCGUCUGUAUCCAUAGCAGUUGCUAUAUUGUCAAUCUUUGUUAUGGUAUUACCCAAAUGGAAAUCAGUUCUUAGUUUUGUCAGUGCUGGGGUAUUGUGUAUCGUGGCAGUUGCAAAUCUUCUUCAAGAAGGAUUAUGGGUGAUUUUUUUCAAUAAUGUAUCUUCAGAGCUAGAAGAUGAACUUAUGAAACAGUUUAAUAGUACUAAUGGCGGUUAUGAUUACUCUGACAAAUCAGCAACACGUGAUUGGUCAUUAUCACUUUCGUGGAACACACUAUUUGUACAGGCAGAAUGUUGUGGAGUAGGACCUAUGAUAGAAUCGUCAUUUAAAUCUACUUACUGGUAUUUAUAUGACAGAUCAGCAGGUCAACGAAUUCCAGUACAAUGUUGUAUAUCUCAAACCAAUGUCUUCCCUUACUCUACGAGAACAGAUAGCAACUGCUCAACUUCUAUGCUAGACGGCUACUAUCGCUCACAGUCAUGUGAUGUUGCAGUUAAAGAAAGAUUAGAAAUAUACAGCACAAUCUUCAUUGUAUUCAUGGCUAUGAUCAUUUUUGUAGAGAUAUGUUGUGUUGUAACAACUUUAUUGAAUGCAAUACGAUUCAAGAAAGACACAAAGAUGAUGCAAGUGAGUGUUAAAGCGGGUGGAAAGGGAGUUGGAAUCAGAAAAGACAAUGCAACUCAAAAAGUAGGAGAUAACGCUAAGAAAAAAAGAAAUCAAAGAAAUAAAGAGGAUAACCGAGCAAACAGAUCAUCUAAAAACGAACUGCGAUUGUCAGUUAGAACUGUCGAUUUACACAAAAAAGCAAAUACUAUUGUUCAGGAAAACAUCGAAGACAUAAUUGAAUUACAAUCGAUAAAAUCUAUGGAAUUUGAAGACAAAGUUAAUGACAAACCAGAUAAACCUACCGACAAUAUAAGACAAGAAGUUGACGAAUUGGCUAGAAAUGAUAUAACAAUGCCGGACAACUAAAUCAAAUAAAUGACUGAAGUGAUGACAUUUAACAAUAUUGGAAAAAAGAAACGAAUAAGUUAGAUAUCUUGGUUCAUAUGUGUAUUUGACAUGAUGAUGAUAUUAAAAAAAAAUAAUCUGGAA